GUCGGUUCUGGCGUAUGGAAGUGAAGUUCUGAAGUUUUGUCCAUUAACAGUCCGCUUUAUUCACUAGAUUCUAGAUUCCCCGCUGAUGCGCCAUCCAGUGAACCGAAUUCCCAUCUUUCUAGUUCCGUGGUCUCUUGUAGCGCAAUCAGUGUGAUAAUAAAGUUUAAAAUCAACAAGCGAGCAACAGCAGGAAAAAAAACGGAAAUCGCUUUCACCAUCAAGAAUUCAAAUGAGAUGCAAAUUCUCCCAGUGAUAAUGCGAUUAUUAGUGAUUUUAAGCGUUUCGUUGUCCGUCGUCCGCGCAUCGGGAACUCUUGUGAACUAUUCUGCCGACGCUGUAACGGUGACAUCCACUGGUGGUGCCACCAUGGCUGCUAUUCGCACCGAACAGAACUCUAGUGCUGAUACAUUGUUGGUAUUGCGACGCCCAAAAGGGGCUUCGAUGAUGGGUUCCGUUAGCGACAACGGUGCUAUGCUGCCAAGGCAAAGAUCAAUAGAUCUGAUAGGUGGUCAGCCAACGGUCAGAACGGAUACAAUCCAGUCAGUUCCGGCGAAGAAUGUGUACCGAACAAAAUUGUCCAAAUUGAGGUUGAUUCUACUGGCCGAUAUGCUGAAUGAGGUGCCACCGCCGACGGAAUUAAUCACUUGCCUGUCUAACUCAUCGAGCCUCAAUGUUACCACUAAGCACUGCGAUUGCGAGAGUUACUCCUGCAAGGAUUUGCUGACAUCAUCGCCGGGUUCGUCACCUUUCAACUCGGUAAACCAGAGAAAAAUCCGCGCGUCAUGUCGUGACUAUUGCUGUCGGAAGAAAAAAUUCAACCGCUCCAUCGAACCAACGAUCCAGAAUGCCGUUGCAGCAGUAUUCCGUCACAAUACCAUAGCACCUGUUCGAACGAAGCCCAACCCCGGCGAAAGGCAGCUCGAAUCGACGGACAGGAUGUCCUCGACACCACUGCAGCUGAUGACACCCGUUGUCAGCGGUGGCAGCUCUUCGUCACAUGCUCAUCUGCCAGCACGUGCUCGCUCGCGUAGGAACUGCGAUGGAAGCGCCGCAAAUCAAAUUGCAAUUUCGAGCAACGAUAAGUCCGGUCAAGGCGAAAGGCACCAACCCGGACCGGUGUCGCAGCAGCUCCCGUGGCUCUACAGAGUGGUUUUAAUUGAAAAGGCGAUGACAAUUUGUGCCGGUACGUUGAUACAUCCCGAUGUGCUGUUAACCACUGCAGUCUGUGUUAUUAACAAAAAUCCGGACGAGUUAAUUGCGCGACGCCAGUCAACCGAAUCAGCUUCCGGUGGCGGUGAGGAGCUGUCGCGUGCCGUUCGAAGGAUCCUGCUGCCGGGCCAGUUCGCCAAGACGUUCGAGCGGCUGGAGAACAAUGUUGCCUUGCUCGUAUUACAACAGGACGAAAACAAACAACAGCAGGAAUCGCAGCACCAGCAGCAGCCGUCCGAUGAUAGAGUUGCUUCAGUGCUGCUCAAACAAGUUCUUCGAAGUAGUACCGAUACCACCACCACCUGGUCCCAGCAACUGGCAGAAACAGAGCCACCCAUCGUCCGGAGCGGGCGGCACCUGAUUCGAGGAAUGGCACCGGUGGAACAUCUUCCCGACUCGGUUGCGGAGAACAAACAAAACUUCCACGAACCGUCGUAUAUUUGCUUAUCAUCAAUUAUAAAUCAUCCCUCAGCGUUGUCCAAUAUUUGCCGAACUUAUUCCUGGAGGAAGCUGCGAGGAAGUGCUGCUUCCUUCCCUGGCAAUGGGCACAAUCGGGCGGCUGGCGGUGGAACAAGACAACGGAGAAACCAGCGACCACGACAACGGCCGCGGUACCAGGCACCACAGCUGCAGCAUCGGCCGAUCCGUAGCGACGAUGGCACUAAUUACAUAACGACAAAUAUUAGCAUUUUUCCGGCCAAUGGGAGCGAAUGCCGGCGGGAACAUCGGAACUAUCUUCAGCACCAGGGCAAUCUGUGUGCCGGACCGGUGGACAAAAGUCAGACGCUGGAUGUGGACUUUAGUGGAUCACCUCUAAUUUGCACUGAGCAAAGUCACGAUGGAAAGGUACGUGUCGAGCUGCGGGGCAUUCUCACAUGGUCAACCGACAUUAACCGGGUGCCGCAUCUAUUCACCAACGUAACAACCUAUCGAAGCUGGAUCGAGGACGAGCUUGACAAGCUGGAUCAGCUACGCGGAAGAAGCAGAAUAUGAUUAGUUGGCCGACUCUUCUAGUGAGAUUGAACAAAUAGUGAUAUGCGAUAAGUUGAUUUUCGUUGCAAUAAAAUUGCUUUUUUAUUUUUUUA